AUGGAAUAUGCAAAAACGCGCAAAGGGCCGCUACCUGGAGGUCGCCAGGGCGCGUCUGGAGCUGGCGCUGGACGCGACAGCAUGCGAAUCGCCAGCCGAGCGAGAGGUGCUGCACGACCCAUCAGCCCCUCGCAUCCAUCAUCCCCACCAGCUGGCUUGGUGUCGGCAGGGUCUUUGCUGGCCCAGCAAUCGGCACCCGCCACUGGUGGAGUACGCCGCAUGCGAUGGACAACCGAAAUGAAUACUAACGCAUUGCGGGCGUAUUUUAGGGCGAAAUGGGGAGAAGUUGGAGGUUUGGCGUGUCGGGCUAGGAUGCAUCGUCUUUUUGCUGAGCUGGAGCCAUCUUUAACCGUCUUAGAGUAA